AUGGAUAGAUUCUACGCCGAACGACACUUUCCCCACCCGUGGCGCAGCGAAUCUUUACAACCUGCCGAAUUUCCCGCGUUCUCGACCGCAGGUCACACGUGUCAUCAUUGUGCUUCAGCUCUUAUAUCAACAUCAAGCGUUGCCCCCGAGAGAAUCAAUAGAUGGGUGUCGCUACAUAGCGACCCACUGAAGACACGCCAACGAGGGAGCCUUAGGUGGAGAAACCUUUUGCCUCAUAACAUGCGGCAGGUUGCCGCUGCUAACGCUGAAGGAUGUCCAUUCUUCGUCUGGAUAUGGGGACAGAUCGAGAAGUCUAGGACACCGCCUGAGCAACUCUUGCGGACAAGGAUUUGCUUGGUGAUUGAAUCUGUGAAUGGAAUCAUCUCCGACGCUACUAAAUGCUCGAUUUUUCUGUCGACGAGCGACUACUCUUGGAGUCCAACAGGGGGUACUUUUGACAUUGAGUCUGACGCGUAUGACCCCUCCGCGGAUGAUGCCGUAGGGCAAACCAUAGAUGGCGGUACCUUUUCAGAGAGCGGCAUCGCUCAAAUUCGUCGUCGACUCCAGGUAUGCCUUGAAUCACACCCGUCUUGUCGACAAGGAACAGGUACUCGGCCUCUGCGGUUCAUCGAACUGUCCCCCGGGGACGAGAGAACUGUCCGUAUUAGACAAGCCCAUAGCAAAAGAGUUGACCCAUACGUUGCUCUCUCCUACUGCUGGGGCCUGGACCAGACCAUCAAGACCACUACAGUCAACUUGGCUCGACAUCAGACAGGAAUAGAAGUCAGAAACCUGCCCAAAACUAUACAGGACGCGAUUCAUGUCACCCGACAAUUGGGUGUAAAACUCCUCUGGGUUGAUAGCCUCUGCAUUGUUCAAAACGAUCCUGCUCUUUUAGCCAGAGAGGUCGGUGACAUGGCUCAUUACUACGCCAACUCUAUAAUCACAAUUUCCGCGGCAGUAGCGAAAAGUUGUGCUGAAGGAUUCCUCAGCCCGCCUAACACGACAGGACCGGAUGGUUAUGUAGGAUUCUACUUCCCUUUUUCCGGUGACCCUCGCCCAGAUAACUCAUCCAAAAGACGCUUCAAGCUCUUCCGUGGUGAGGCGCGAGACGAGAUUGACCAUAUCGAUACCCGGGCUUGGACGUUGCAAGAGUCUCUGUUGGCCACUCGGUUGGUCUCCUUUGGCACUCGCCGGAUAUCCUGGGCUUGUAUGACCACUAGAUUCGGUCCAAGCUCAGGUGCUGCAUCACUCCGGGAUAACAUGUUCAAGACCCGCCACUGGGUGGGAUACAGGGAUAGGAUCGCCCACAACAAAAGCUAUGGCUGUAACCCAAGAAACCCCGAGCAUCUAAUCCCAGAUCUUCAUGCUAUUCUUUAUCCACCUCUCGAAGCAAUCUUCCAGCUAUGGUCCAAGGUUGUGGAAGAGUUCUCACAGCGGACACUCUCCGUUCCUGAAGACCGGCUGUUGGCCAUCUCAGGAGUUGCCCAAACACUUGGAAACUUGGUCAACCCGUCGGGUGAUAUCGACACACCUCCAUACGUUGCGGGGCUAUGGAAUACGCCUCUCCUCCCACUGCAACUCUUAUGGAUGCCAAAGAAGCCCCUCACUCCGCAGCUGUCUUCCUCCUACAUAGCGCCGUCUUGGUCCUGGGCGAGCUUUCCAGGAGCCGUCGUCUGGCACUUGCCUGACUUGACCCACCUUGACUCGUGUAUACAUACACAAUCUGGACAAGAAAAGAAAACGCCCUCGCUAUUAGAUAGCGAAGACUUCGUUGACUAUAAGAAGCUAGCAAUUACAUCGCGGGCGGACGGCAUAGGUCUCUCGCCAUUGCCGGAAGUGGUCGCUGUCUCAGUGGAGCCUGUCAUCGACGUCGCACCAUAUGGAGGUGUCGUAUCAGGAUGCAUCACCUUACGAGGCAAGGCUUUUAGCCGUAUGAACGAAGUCGUUGCGCCUUGGCAUAUCCAAAUGCGCUUCGACUCUGGGGCAGAGUUGCAUUCGUUAAAAGACUUGCCUUCGGAGUUCAUUUGUUUCCAUAUACUUGGUUAUGUGAUAGAAGAUGACAUUCCGCUAGAUCAUCAUGACCAGCGUCUAGGCAAAAACUCACAAGGUUUGAUUCUUGGAAGGGCGCAAGAUGGGACAUACCGUCGUGUUGGACUCUACGUAGGCCUGGACAUAGGCGACCGUCUGCGCAUGAUAGAAACUAUGAUAGAGGUCACACUACACUAG